AUGGCACUUUUACAACUUCUUCUUCUAGCCUUCGUUGGCACGGCAUUUUCUGCUCAAAUGUCUCUUAGUCGAUCGACGGAAAUGAAUCCCUUCAUUGUUGGAGGAACGCCAACGACAGUCGAGGAAUUUCCCUUCACCGUUGCUUGUUAUUACGGCAGUGGCUUCUCGUGCGGCGGAAGUAUUUUGAACGAAUAUUGGAUCUUGACAGCAGCUCAUUGUACUUGCACUGCCAUCCAAUGGGGCGUCACAAAUCGCAAUUAUAACGGACCAAAUGUCUAUAAUGUGGUUCAAAAUGUGCGUCAUCCUAAUUAUGUUUCUUACGUCGCGGAUGACAUUCAAUUGUUGCGACUUGACAAACCAAUUGAGUUUGGAGCUCAAGCACAGCCCGUGAAAUUGCCCUAUAGUCAAUGGGAAGUUGAGGGACCAUCGUUUCAAACGCCCGCUGCAGUUAUUGGAUGGGGACGAGAUAACAAUGGAAACACUCCCGUUCAACUUCAUCGCGGCGACUAUUUCGUCAUUAACAACGAAGACUGCAAACAAAUUCAUCAAUCCGCUGGAUUGGCAAUUUAUGACUUUAACUGUUGCAAUGGCGUUCGCGGAGGAGGCGUUGCUGAUUGCAACGGAGAUUCAGGCGGUCCAAUUGUCACAUGGAAAGACGGAGUUAUGGUUCAAUAUGGAAUUGUUUCGUGGAGCGUUAAGCCAUGCAUAAAUCCAACAUAUCCAGCUGUGGGAACAAAGACCUCGCAUUAUAUCGCUUGGAUUUCUUCCGUUACUGGAAUUCCAGAGAGCAGUUUGACCAUCUAA